AUGAACGUUCUCGUGUAUUCCGGUCCAGGAGUGUCCGAAACGUCACUUUACUGCACAAUAUCGACGCUAAAGGACAUCCUUGGAACAAGUUUUGCAAUCCAAACCGUCUCCCCAAAGGUUUUAGAGACUGAGCCUUGGGCACCGACGUGUGCCUUGCUUGUCAUUCCAGGAGGACGCGAUCUUCCCUAUCUGUCCGCCCUAGGACCCGCGAUGAAGACCAUCGCCACCUAUGUGCGCAAAGGAGGUUCAUAUCUCGGCAUCUGCGCGGGGGCGUACUUCGCAUCGGGACGCAUAGAAUGGGAGAUGGGGACACCACUUGAAGUACAGGGAGAACGUCCGCUCAAAUUCUUUCCUGGUCUCUCGCGAGGAUGCAUGUAUCCUGGCUUUCAAUACGAAAGCGAAAACGGCGCACGAACGGUGUCUGUGAGGAUGUCCGAUGGAAGAAUACGAAAUGGACUGUACUACAACGGUGGUGGAGAGUUCAUCCUUUCGAAUGAUACUCCCAACGUGACGCCCCUGGCCUUUUACGACGAUUCGGAAAAGCCCAAUACUGUUGCUGCAGUCUCGUGUCGUGUUGAAGAGGGGAACGCGGUCCUGUGGCAUGUCCAUCUCGAGUAUCCUACGACCAGCGAACUGGUCAAGUCAGCCGCUGCUCGCGUAUUUCAAACACUAUCGGAGAGCGAUGUGACCAAAGUAGAAUCCGAGCGAAAGGAAAUCAUGUUGGAGAGCUUAAGAAUACUCCGCUUGAAGACCUCCAACCCGCCAGAGAUACCAACGAAUCCGCUCCCUCAAAAUAUCAAGACUCUGGAGGUACUCCCAGCUCCGAUAUUAUCGCUGGCAACAUACCAACUUAACGGGAGAGGAAGAGGCGGUAAUGUCUGGGUCUCGCCGCUAGGGUGUCUUCAGUGGUCACUCUUACUACGCCCACCGCCACAAUUUCCAAACAGCAAACUCGUCUUUAUACAAUAUCUUGUUGGUCUCGCUGUUGUCGAGGCUUGUCGCGAAGUUCUCGGUUCAAUAGGGGAACGAGUCGUCCUCAAGUGGCCAAAUGACAUUUAUGCAAAAGCAAGAGGUGAAAAGGGCGAAGAACUUCGGAAAAUAGGUGGCAUCCUCGUCAAUACCGUCUUCAUGGCCGGUGGUGUACGCAUCAUUGUUGGGUGUGGACUCAAUGUCCUCAACGAGCCGCCUAUCUUCUCGAUAUCUCAGCUUGAUCCUAGCCUUCGAGCCUCCAAUCAGCGACUGACGAUGGAAAACAUGCUGGCGGCUAUCAUGGUCAAAUUUGGACGGAUGUGGGAUGAAUUUGUCUCGGAAGGAUCAUUCGAACCGUUUAUAGAUCUCUACUUGGAUCGGUGGAUACAUUCAGACCAAUUGGUCACGCUCGACACCGUCAAACCUCCAUUACGCGUGAGGAUAGCAGGCAUCACUCCAGAACACGGCUUGCUAAGGACAGUGCCGGAGAAGUAUCAACCCGGAGGACCUCAGUUCAUCGACUUACAACCGGAUGGAAAUAGCUUUGACAUGAUGGCAGGGCUGAUAAAAACGAAGCAAUAA